CCCCCGCCUACCGCCUUGACCUCGCUGUCCUCUCCCGGUCAAAGAGCAGCAACACUCGUAUCGCCGGCUGUCUUGGCUUCGGAUGUUUUCACCGCUCGGCCUGAAGGAUGCACCAUUCAAAGAAACUGAUAAACUCUGUGGAGAAUUGUGUGGAUGAUGCUUUGGAUGGACUCGUGGCCUGCAAUGUAGGAAUGCAGCUGCUGCAAGGGCACCGUGUAAUAAUCAGGGCUGACCUGAAGAACAUGAAAGGCAAAGUGGCCUUGCUGUCAGGAGGAGGAUCUGGACAUGAGCCUGCUCAUGCUGGAUACGUUGGUGUAGGAAUGUUGUCUGGUGCCAUUGCCGGAGAUGUCUUCACUUCUCCACCACCUGGAAGCAUUUCAGCAGCAAUCCGAAUUAUGAACAGAGCAGGAGCAGCUGGUGUACUACUAAUUGUGAAGAACUACACAGGGGAUCGACUGAACUUUGGCUUAGCCCUAGAGGGGGCAAAAGCAGAUGGAAUUGAUGUGGAAAUGGUUAUUGUAGCUGAUGACUGCGCCUUCACUACACAGAAAAAAGCUGGAAGGAGAGGUCUGUGUGGCACAGUACUUAUACACAAAAUGGCUGGGGCCAUGUCUGAAAUGGGAAUGUCACUUUGUGAAAUUGUUGAGAAGCUGAAUGUCGCUUUAGGUAAAUUAGGUACAAUGGGAAUCUGUCUGUCACCCUGCAGUGUACCUGGAUCAGAGCCAACCUUCAAUCUGAAAGCAGAUGAGCUGGAACUUGGACUGGGUAUCCAUGGAGAAGCCGGUAUCGAGCGGAUAAAGAUGAUGUCAGCUAAUGAAGUAGUACAAAAAAUGAUUGAUCACAUGACAGAUCCCUCGAAUGAGUCUCAUUUGAAUCUAGAAGCUGGCGAUCAUAUUGUGUUGAUUGUGAACAACCUUGGAGGGCUGUCCUGCCUGGAACUGAGUAUUGUGGCCAAAUCUGCAGUCAAAUAUCUGGAGCAUAAAGAGGUCAUUAUUGAAAGGGCAUACAUUGGAUCGCUGAUGACAGCUUUGGAAAUGGGAGGAGCUUCUCUGACUUUGAUGAUUGUAAAUAGUGAACAACUGAAACUCCUGGACUCACGUACCUCAGCCCCUGGUUGGCCUAAUGCAGGGAGACAUCGUCUGGUACGGAGAUGCAAGAUUCUGAGUGCCCCCUCCUUGGAACCUGAGAGCUCACUCACAGCCGCUGAGUCAGGUCCUUUUGUGCAAAAGGCACAAUUAGUCUUAGAUAAGAUCUCCAACACUUUGCUUCAGAUGGAAGAAGAACUGAAUGAACUGGAUAGAGAAGCAGGAGAUGGUGAUUGUGGUGUUACGCAUGCAAGGGCCGCCAAUGCUAUUAGGAACUUGUUGACAUCUAACACAGUUCCUGGCAAUGGCCAUCAGCUCCUUUUAUGUCUAGGUCGAAUAGUGCGUGACCAUAUGGGAGGGUCGUCAGGAGCACUGUACAGUAUUGCCUUGACGGCAGCAGCACAAUGUCUGAAAGAUAACAACAAUCCUACUGCCUGGGCAGCGGCAAUGAGUACCGGAAUUGAAGCAUUGAAGAGAUAUGGAGGUGCAGAGCCAGGGGACAGAACCAUGCUUGACUCACUUUGUCCUGCUGCGGAUGAGUUAAGUAAAUUGACAGAUGAAGAUGGCAAUGAACUGCAAGUGCUGGCUAACGCUGUGCAGAAAGCUGAAGAAGGUGCAGAAGCCACCAAGGAUAUGGCAGCAAAGGCAGGACGAGCAAGUUACAUCUCCUCAGCUCAGCUCACCCGACCUGAUGCAGGAGCUGUUGCCUGUUCUGCCAUUUUGAAGGCCACCUUGGCAGGUCUAGAGCAGCCUGCUCCAGGAGAGCCAGCUCCGGAAGAGCCUGCUCCGGAAGAGCCCGCUCCAGAAGAGCCAGCUCCGGAAGAACCUGCUGCGGAAGAGCCAGCUCCGGAAGAGCCUGCUCCGGAAGAGCCCGCUCCAGAAGAGCCAGCUCCGGAAGAGCCAGCUCCGGAAGAGCCAGCUCCAGAAGAGCCAGCUCCAGAAGAUCCUGCUCCAGAAGAGCAAGAAUGAGAAGCUUCUUAACAUUUGGAAAUCUGUCUUUGUUGCAUAUAUAUGCUUUUACUUAAGAUCCUUAAUUCCAGUAACCCUUUAUUAUCAUUAGAGUGGCAGGUGCUUGAAAAAAAUGCUUGAAAUAUCCUAGUUGAUAGAAUUACAUUACAUCAGUGAAUACUCAUUGGUUAUUUCCCUGCAUUUCAUCAAUGUUUAGUUUGCACCCACACCUGAUGGCUAAUUUGUACAUCUUAUAUUCACCAAUACUCACUAGAGGUGCUGUAUUUGCUCACCUUCACUAUGCACAUUCCACCACUGGCACUGUCUAAAUCUACUUGUCUUUACUGUGCACUCUCCAGACUUGGUUAUUCACAGUGAACCAUGCCAACUGUGCAUCCAGCAUUCAAUGUGUACAAUAUCACUAAUGUACCUUGGUUGCAAACUGUACCCACAGAUGUUUAUUGGGCAUUGCAUAGCUUUAAGCACUCACUGUGCAUCUUCACCUAUUGAUCCUCAUUGGCCUCUGCACUCUUUGAUAAUCAGUAUGUAACUGAUCAAUGCUCUGGGUGCAUCUUUCACUGACUGACAAUUGCUAUGCACCACAGUCAUGUUAUUCACUGUUCAUCUCAUAGUAGCACAUAUUGUACCUGUCCUAUCUGAAGUGCAAAUUAAACCUGUACUAUCACUGAUCUCUAAUAGACAUCCAGCACCCACCAAUACCCUUAUUCACCAGUUAUUAACUAGUAUUCUUCUCUGAAACUGUAAGUUGAUAACCCCAAAGAGAUGGAGGUAUAACUUUGUAAAUGCAAUUUCCUGUCACUCUUUCUAAGCAUUUGAAUAUUUGAUUGCAAUAUAUUUGAUUAGGGAUAAAUCACACCAACACUGAGCAACUUCUCAUCACCUGUAACUUCCAUUUCAAACAUCUACACACAAAACAACUGCUACCAAAUUGUAACUUUAAGAUAACUAAUGCAAAAGAUAGUGGGAGGCAAGACUAAAUGGAGAGCAGCAGAUGAAGGUCCAAGCAAAUAUUAAUAUACCUAUUAGAGCAAGGGACUUUAGAGCUUUUGUAAUCAAUGAUCAACUGUGAGUUCCUUAUCAGCAAUGUGAAAAUCAUACUCAAUAAAGAUCUAAAUGAUUGCUA